UGCUGUACUUACGAAACGAUAAGCAAUAACCGCCGAAACGAAAUCGUUUCGUAUCACUUCGUAUUCACGAUGUUGGCCGCCAUCUCAUAAACGUGUGGCUGCAUAUAAAGACGGAUGAAAGACACUGGCAAAAGCCAGUCAAAAUUUUCGUUGCGGACCUCACGGUGCUGGCCUGCAAGAAUGAGGAACACGCUGACCCUCGUGCUUCUCUGUAUCGGACUAGCAACAUCAGAUUUAUCGCCAUAUAAACCAAGGGGAUGGCGUCCUAAUGGUCAACGCUUUAAUCCCGCCAACAAUCGAUUGCAUGCGUAUUACGGGCCCCCUGGAUUACCAGCCUAUGAACCUCCAAGCUCGACAAGCCACCCCCCAAUUUUCACCACUACUCCACCGCCGACAACUACGACGACAACGAUGAAAACCACAACGACCCCACGCACCAGGGAGCCCACAACACCCUCGAGCAACCCUGAAGAAGACUUCGACUCCAAUCCGGCAUUGGCGAUCGCCAAUUCGUUCGCUUUCAAUCGACCGGUUUACAUUUACAACGCCUUCCCCUUUCUCCCGGGACAGGUUCUGCUCAAAUGAUCGCUUAAUGGCCGACGUUUACUGUACUCCAUUUAACGAAUGUCUAAUUAAAGGUACCUUUAUG